CAACGAAAGCUAAAACACAAGAAACUUAACAUUCAACUUCGAUUCUUUGCAUCUUUGCAUUGACUUUUUCCUCCGUCAAAGAACAAAUCCUACAACAAGCAGUAUAAAGAUGGUAACAACAGUAGGAACUGUCAUCGCUACAACAACUCCAGAUGAGAUUCCUUUGCUAUCUUCUCAUAACCACAGAAAGCAAUGUCAUAUAUAUUUUCAUUUUUCUUACAAUCAUAUAUUUUCAUUUUUCUCUUACAAUCACAACAAGUGUUAUCCUUGUCUCUGCUCAAGAUCAACAGUGCUUGGCCAAAGGAUCUUUCAACACAAACAGCACUUUCAACAAGAACCGUCUCCUUCUCCUCUCUUCACUUCCUUCUAACGUCACUUCUCAAAACAACUUCUUCUACAACUCUUCUCUAGGCCAAGAUCGAGACAGAAUCUACGCUCUAGCGAUGUGUAUUCCCGACACCGAAACAGAGGACUGCUCAAACUGCGUCAAGACCACUUCCGAUGGACUUAUCAAGACCUGUCCUAACAGCACCGAAGCUUUUCAUUGGUCGGGUGGUGAAAAAACUCUCUGUUUCGUACGUUACUCGACCCGUUCUUUCAUUGGCUCACCAGAUAUGGACCCGCGUCAGAUUCUUCCCAACGCUACGGAUAUCAGAUCGAACUUAACUGACUUUGAUGGGAUUUGGCAAGAUCUGAUGCUUCGUAUGGUGGAAUCAGCUUCAUCAAAGUACUAUGAAGCUGAGACCACACCCUUGACAAGCACGAGUUCUAGAGAUACGAUGACGAUCUACACGAUCAUGCAGUGUACUUCUGAUGUAUCUAACGCUGAGUGCAACACAUGUUUGAGAAAUAGCGUUGGGGAUUAUCAGAACUGUUGCCGUGGGAAACAAGGAGGUCUUGUUACUCGUCCUAAUUGUGUUUUCCGGUGGGAGUUUUAUCCUUUUUACGGAGCCUUUCGUAACACUUCACCACCGGCUAAGAAAGACGGUUCUUCAACGGUGAAAAUUGUUGUCCCAGUUCUUGUUGUUGGCUCCUUAUUGAUUCUAGCGGUGGUUGGCUACGUUCUUUACAGGAGGAGGAAGAAAAAUAAUAAGGACAGUUUGAGAGAGGCUUAUCAAGAACUUGAUACUGCAGAAGUUGAGGCUCUAUCUUCAUUGAAAUUCGAGUUCCGUGUUAUUCAAGCUGCGACUAGUGACUUCUCUGAAGAGUCUAAGCUCGGGGAAGGUGGAUUUGGUCCAGUGUACAAGGGAAAGCUUCAAAACGGCGAAGAAAUAGCGGUGAAGAGAUUGGCUUUAAGUUCAGGGCAAGGAGAAGAAGAGUUCAAGAACGAGGUUUUGUUAUUAUCUAAGCUUCAACACAGGAAUCUAGUUAAGCUACUAGGUUUUUGCUUGAAAGGCGAAGAGAGACUUUUGAUCUACGAGUUUGUUCCCAAUUCAAGCCUUGAUCAUUUCAUAUUCGAGGUUGCGAAACAAGACCAUACACUGUCCUUGAAGGCUAGUUGGAGCACACGGUACAGCAUUAUCGAAAACAUAGCUAGAGGGAUUCUCUAUCUACAUGAAGAUUCUCGUCUCAAGAUCAUUCACCGUGACUUGAAGCCUAGUAACAUUCUUUUAGAUUACCAGAUGAACCCCAAGAUUUCUGAUUUUGGGAUGGCGAGAUUGUUCGAGUCAGAUGAUCAUACACAAGGCCUAACAACAAGCAGAGUCAUGGGAACCUACGGUUAUAUGGCACCAGAGUACAUAGCACAAGGACGGUUAUCGGUUAAAACCGAUGUUUACAGUUACGGUAUUAUGGUUCUUGAGAUCAUAUGUGGUCGGAAGACCAAUAGCUUUCAACCAAGUGGAGUAGCUCUCCAUGCGUGGACAAAUUGGCGCGGGGAUAGAGCACUGGACAUUGUAGAUUCAGCGAUCACAGAGAAUGUAUCAAGAAACGAGAUGAUGAAAUGCAUCAACAUAGGACUGUUAUGCGUUCAAGAGAGUGUGACGAGGAGACCAAACAUGAACUCAGUAGUUCACUGGCUCAAGAGUAACUCUGUGACUCUUCCGGUUCCAUCAACACCUGCGUAUGUUGUUCAUAGUGAGUCAGGUGAAGCUUCUCGUGUUUCGCAGUCGACGGUCAAUGUUUCAAUCACUGAGCUUGAGCCACGUUGAAAGAUUGUUUAUUUAUACGCGCUUGAUUGUAAAGUUUCGGUUUAUUUUUGUUUAUUAUGAUUUACAUAAACUCUUAUUUCUAGAUGAUCUGAUCCGUUACGUUUUUACACUAAAGAUAUCACGAAAUGAAAAGACUUUUAUUGACAAGUAAAUUCUAAAUCGAGUAAACCAAUUCAGUUACAACUAAACCGGAAAAGACCUUGGGUUUGAUUCGACAAGUUCAUGAUCAAGGUUCGGUAAAUAUCCGCCGAAACGGUAUCGUUUUCGGUCGCAGCGAGAUGGGUAAGUUAUCCAAAAAAGACAGUUAACGCCACUUGUUAGCCCCAGUCGUGAAACACAUGGCCAGCUCAUGCAAAGACUGGUGAGAACACGUGGCACACUCUGGUGCUCAGAAAAAAGUUUAUACCAAAGAGAGUGUCCUGAUUUAGGCAAAGGGAAGUGUGAAACGUGAAGCAACACCUUUUAAACAACACACAAGAAGAAGAACCAACCUAAUACGCAUCAUCAUAAAAUCCCUAAAUUCCCGGAAGAGAAAAGUAAAAAUUCAAAGGCUAAUAAAGCUUUCAAGCAAACGAAAAGCUCGACUAUUUGUUAAAAGUUACAAGCUUUCAGUGUCCGAACACGCUUAGAAGUCGCGUGAGAUUUGUGGUUCGAAGCCUCG